AUGCAGGACUUCAACCAUUUCCACCAGGUCUUCAAACCUGAGUGGGGCUCGCCCUACACCCAAGACUUCCUUCGAGAGAUCGAUGUUUACAGAAAGAGCCUGAACGGCGUCCUCUUCAUCGACCGCGUCCUGAGGUCUGUUGGCGUCACCAAGGCCCGGUCCUACCCUCCCAAGGGCGACAAUGGCCUUUACCAACUUCACUACCAGGUCUGCGAAAGCGACCACUCUGACCAUCAGAAGCUCUCUGUCUUCUACUACAUGCUCCUCGACUUCAACGAACACCUCGGGCUGAAGAGCCGUAUCAACUUCGCCGAAGUCUUUGCCUCGAGAUUUGGGCUGCCCAAGAAGUACGAGAUAUUCAUGAGGGGGCUAUGGCACCUGGAUCGCCAGCAAUUUAGCAAUGCGCUCCAAGAUCUGGCACACCCCUCCCUCACCCCCGAAUUCGCGGACGACAUAAUCACAGCCUUCGUCAAGAAUGCUGAGGACAGCGACUACUCCCUCGCCCUUGCCUAUUAUCAUGCCGUUCAGCCCGUCCUUCGCAAGCCGGAGUCCCUAUCCCUCCUCUUCGGAGCUCUAGCGAGGACGAGCCUCACUGAGGCGUUUUACUUCUCCCGCGCACACCCUGAGCAGACCAGACAGCUCUUGUUUGAGCAGUUGAUAGCUUCGGUCCUCGACGCAAGCGGUCACGACGUUGCGACACGAGCUUCCGAGCUGGUCAGCCUGCCCCUGGACAGCGCCGAGGAGCAAUGGUUCGAGCAAUACCUGACGAAUGGAGGUGGGAGGAAGUUGAGAAAGGCCAAGGAUACUGUACUCAUGCGGCGCGUCGUGACCGGCCCGGCACGCCGAUAG